AUGGAAGAACUUACGGCGUUCGUCUCCAAGUCUUUUGACCAGAAAGUGAAGGAGAAGAAAGAGGCUAUCACCUACCGGGAGGUGCUUGAGAGCGGGCCGCUGCGCGGGGCCAAGGAUCCGACCGGCUGCGCGGAGCCGGGCCGCGAAGACCGCAGCAGCCCGGCAGUCCGGGCGGCCGGCGGAGGCGGCGGCGGAGGAGGAGGCGGAGGCGGAGGAGGCGGAGGAGGCGGAGGAGGUGCAGGAGGAGGAGGAGCAGGCGGAGGAGCUGGAGGAGGGCGCUCUCCCGUCCGGGAGCUGGACAUGGGCGCUGCCGAGAGAAGCAGGGAGCCGGGCAGCCCGCGGCUCACCGAGGUGUCUCCGGAGCUGAGGGAUCGAAAAGACGAUGCAAAAGGGAUGGAGGACGAAGGCCAGACCAAAAUCAAGCAGAGGCGAAGUCGGACCAAUUUCACCCUGGAACAACUCAAUGAGCUGGAAAGGCUUUUUGAUGAGACCCACUACCCGGAUGCCUUCAUGCGUGAAGAACUGAGCCAACGGCUGGGGCUGUCGGAGGCCCGCGUGCAGGUUUGGUUCCAAAAUCGAAGAGCUAAAUGUAGAAAACAAGAAAAUCAACUCCAUAAAGGCGUCCUCAUAGGGGCUGCCAGCCAGUUUGAAGCUUGUAGAGUUGCACCGUAUGUCAACGUAGGUGCUUUAAGGAUGCCAUUUCAGCAGGAUAGUCAUUGCAACGUGACGCCCUUGUCCUUUCAGGUUCAGGCGCAGCUGCAGCUGGACAGCGCCGUGGCGCACGCGCACCACCACCUGCACCCGCACCUGGCCGCGCACGCGCCGUACAUGAUGUUCCCGGCACCGCCCUUCGGACUGCCGCUGGCCACGCUGGCCGCGGACUCGGCCUCUGCCGCCUCUGUUGUGGCUGCCGCCGCCGCCGCCAAGACCACCAGCAAGAACUCCAGCAUCGCGGAUCUCAGACUGAAAGCCAAAAAGCACGCGGCCGCCCUGGGUCUGUGA